AUGCAACCAGCAAUAGUGAGGCGGCCAGGAACUGUUGUUUGCUACAUUUGUGGAUGGGAAUUUGGAUCCAAGUCUAUUAAUAUCCAUGAACCACAGUGUUUGAAAAAAAUGCACAUUGAAAAUAACCAGUUGCCAAAGAGUCUCCAAAGAACAGAACGUAAAAAGCCUUCAGUGAGUGUGGCCACAGCUACAGGCUUCUAUGAUCUUGAGGCACAAUGCCAAGCAUCCUGGCAAAACGCCCAGGUCCAGUUGAUGCCUUGUGAUAUCUGUGGGCAGACUUUCCUGCCAGACAGACUGACUGUCCACCAGCGAUCUUGUAAACCUCGAAAAUAA